AUGGAUUUCUACGGCACUGCUUCGACGGCAAUUACCCAAAUCUACCAAGUCACGGUAUUUAUCCAAGGCGUCAUCUCCGACAUCAAGGCCUUCGACGAUGAUCGCGCCGAGAUUCGGCUUAAGUUGAAUCUCCAAUUAUCCUCCCUCCUCUUUUUCAGGAAGAUCUUUUUCCAUCCCGAGCAUGGAUUGAUGGUCCCUGGGAAAGUAGACCCUUUCAUCGCCGACACGGUGGAAGGGCUACUUGUGCAGAUGAGGAAGACAUUGGCUGAGUAUGAGCUUGUCGCAGCCAAGUAUGGCCUUGUGGACGAGGAAUUCACCAUUGAGCCCGAGAAGCCCAAGGCACAAGAGUCGCUUCUGGAGCGAGCAAAGAGCAAGGCGAAAUCGCUCAAGCUCAAGGGGUAUGACUGGUCACUCUUCGACAAAAAGAAGUUGUACCGAAUCCUAGAGACAUACACCCAGUGGUCGCAGGAUCUGCGAAAUCUCAUGCUGCACAUGUCCCAGGAUACACUGGCUAAGCUAGCGGAGAGCGAUCAACAAGGAAUGAAGAGCAGUGGUUUGGAACCAGUGAUAAAGCGACAGAUGCUCGCCGAAGCCGAGGCUCCAGCAGAUUAUCACAGCUUGACUGGCACCCUUAUAGAAGAAGGAAAGUCGACAAAGGGAUUCCAGCUGGGAACAUGGUCUGCUGGCACAUCAGAAACAACGAAAGUCAUUGUUGAAUAUCACGAGUAUGAGGGCGAGCUCAAACGCGACGAUCUAGAACAGGACGAAAUCGACGAGCUAAAGACACCAAUUCGCAAUUUGGCCUGGCUACUUCAAAGUACUACCUUCGCCAGCGACUCAUCCGACUCUUUGGACCAGCCUAAGAUAUAUGCGCUGGAAUGCUUUGGCUUUAUUGAUCAGCCCAUUGAAGAGCGCAGCGCCUUCCUCUAUAAGCUGCCGGCAUCCGAGUCCGAUGACGGUGCAUCCUUAACAACCCUACACGCUUUCAUCAACGCCGUCGACAGUGCAAACAAAAGGCCGCUCAAGAAACCUUCUCUGAAUGACCGCUUUAGCAUGGCACAUAGCCUUGCUCUGACAGUUUCCAACGUCCAUGCCUCAGCCUGGGUUCACAAGAACAUCUGGAGCCGGGGCAUCCUUCUCUUCCUCGAGACCUCUUCUGGAGUCAGCACUGCGGGUCUCUACGAGCAACGCCUCUCCACACCCAGUCCUGGAAACAGAAUUGUCUCGUAUCUUAGUGACUGGGGCUAUGCACGAUCAGUCAAACAAGGCACCGACAUGCGAUCCGACUUUGAAGUUGAGCCCAAUCUCUAUCGUCAUCCAAACAGACAAGGAAAACCAACUCAUCAAUUCAGUCGUCUGCAUGAUAUAUACGCGCUGGGUGUGGUGCUACUGGAAAUUGGGCUGUGGGUGACGCUGUCGCGGCUGAUGGAGGCUAAAAUUCGAGAGGCAGAGAAUAGUGGACGAUUGCCGAAUCGGAGGAAGGUAGCUGAGGAUUUAAUGGCAUUGGUAGCACAGCGUUUGCCGAUGGAGAUGGGCGUAGGCUAUACAAAGGCUGUGAUGGCCUGCCUAAAGGGUGAUUUUAGGGGGACGGAGGGUCCAGCUCUGGCCGUUGAUUUUCAAGAGAAGGUGGUUGAUGUGUUGAGAAGAGGGAUUGAGUUGUAA